GUUGUGAUGUUUACAGUUUUGGUGAGGAGCGUUUAGUGUUGCUUUAUGUACAAUUGUACAUUUUUUUUCCGAGAUUAUCUCGCUAGUAACUUAUUAUUUGAUAGAUUUAUUAACUUUUUUUGAUUCUCUAAUAACUCAAUCAACAAUGUCAAAAUCCAAUGAUAUAGUUUUAAGCUAUCAUGAUUGUGUUUUACGACAAGGAGAUUUGAAUUUAUUGGAUGGUCCGUGUUGGUUAAACGACGCGGUUAUUGGAUUUUACUUUGAAUAUCUUGGACAAAAAUAUCAAUCAUCAACUUCAAAAUUACUCUUCAUAAGUCCAGAACUAACUCAACUGCUAAAGUUGACAAGUCCAAAUGAAUAUCCGAUUUUCCUGGAUCCAAUAGAGGCAAAAGGAAAGGACUUCAUUUUCUUUCCUGUCAAUGAUUGCAACAGUAGAAGCACGGCUGGAGGUUCGCACUGGAGUUUGAUGGUUUUUUCCAAGCGUGAGAAAGCUUGUUUCUACUAUGAUUCUUCAAGUGGCAUGAACGCAAUAGUUGCAAAGGAUUUUUCAAAAGACAUCAUGAGUUAUCUUUUGGUUGAGAAGGGUAAUGGCCAGUUUAGAGAUAUGGAUUGCCCUCAACAGGAAAAUGGCUACGAUUGUGGUUUAUUUGUUCUCUGUUUUGCUGAUGUUAUUGCAGAACAUGUUUCAAAAACAUCUGAAAUUGAGGGAUGUAAUUGUAAUAAUGUCAAAAGUCUAGUAUCUAAUAAGAGACAAUCUUUCAUAGCCUUGAUAAAUAAAUUAAAACAGUCUAAACAAUAAUUUUUAAUAGUAUAUCUAUAUAUUAUUUAUUAUAACUUUUAAGCUGUAUUAAAAAUUUUAUUCUAUUACUGAUGUAAGAACCAAACUGAAAUAGCUGUGAUAAUGUGAAGUUUAGUAUAUCAGGAAGAUAAUAUGUAGCUUAACUAUUGGGAGUAAGCUUAGUUUAUUGUAAGCUGAACUUUAAGAAUAAAUUUUUAAUUGUAAUUAUAGUGUCAUUGCACCAGCAUAAUGUAAUUCUAAUGCUUGUACACGUAUAUUUUUAU